GUAAACAACCAAUGUUUCACCAGACGUCGAACAGACACGCAACGCGAAAGUAUUUUUUGUUGUUACGAGUCAAUCCAAGUCAUUUCAAGUCAUUCCAAGUCAUUCCAAGUCAUUCCAAGUUUACCGAAGUCUUUAAAGGAUGUAUGAAUACAUUGCGGCGGCAUUAGCGGGCGGCGUCGUGACCGGCGCUGGUUUUCUCUAUUACAAUAGGAAAUGCGCCGCAAAGUACGCCGCGGAGUAUGAGAGAUUGCGUCGUGAGCACGCAAGAGAAAUCGACAACUUAAACAACGAAUGGGCGCGAGUGCUUUCAAAUAGCAAUGACGCAAUGAGAAAGCUGCAUGAAGAAAAAGAUAAGCUACAGUCAAGUUACAAUGAUGUAGUAAACAAAAUGCGAAUGCUGCAGCAUGAAAACGAAAAGCUCGAAUCGAUACGUCAAAACCUGCAGGAAAAAAAAGAAAAUCUAGAAUCAAGUUAUGACGACGUAGUAAACCAAAUUCAAAUGCUACUGGCGGAAAAAGAAAAGCUAGAAUCGAUGUGUCAAAAGCUACAAGCGGAAAAAGAAAAGCUAGAAUCGAUGUGUCAAAAGCUGCAGGGAGAAAACGAUAAGCUAGAAUCAAAUAACGCAGACAUACUAAACCAAAUUCAAAAGCUGCGGGGCGAAAAAGAAUUGCUAGAAUCGAUAUUUCAAAAGCUGCAGGGAGAAAAAGAAAUGUUAGAAUCGAUAUGGCAAAAGCUGCAGGGAGCAAAUGAAAAGCUACAAUCCAACUACGACGAAAUAUUAAACAAAUUGGAAAAGCUGCAGGAAGAAAAAGAGAAUCUUGAGUCAAAGUACAACGACAUAGUAAACAAAUACCAAGUACUGCAGAAAGAAAUGAAAAAAAGAGAAUCGGCACACUUGGGCGAGAUGGAGAUAAAGACAGACGAGCUAAACGAUUUAAAGUUCAAAUUAGGGAAAAAAACGCAUCGCUUAAAUUGCACCCAAACGGCAUUGUACCAGCUCGAAAAUGGUCCCCGCCGCCGCCGCCCUAGGAACGUGCAGAUGGCCAAUAAGGGCGGUAAGUGA